AGGAGAUGAUUAAAGAGGGAAGAAAGACAGCAAGAGGAGAGGCAGGGAGGGAUGGAUGAGAUGGAGGGAUGGACGGGAGAGCAAGCAGCAGCACUCCAUGUGUUAAAAGGGCAGAUGGUAACCGCGGGUAACUGAGGAGCAAACCACUCUGCUGGCCACAGAGCAAGGGAUCAGCGGAGACAGGGAGGCAGGAGGAGGGAGGAGAGCGAACACAUGCAGCGCAGCAGAGGAGAGGAGCAUCACGCCUGCUCUGACAGGGAGACAGCAAGAGGAGACGGAGAGGGAGGAACUGAUUCAGUAGAUGAAGGGAGAGAGUAAAGAGAGGAGAAGUGUUCCUCCUUGCCUCUUAGAGAGAUUCAGAGACAAAGAACACCAAAGGAACUGAGGAGGAGGAGGAGGCAACGGACUGGAGAUAGUUAGAGGAACUGCAGGACUGAUCAAUGAGCGGCUGAGAUUUCACCAAGAAAAUUCAGACUCAGCAAAAAAAGAGGCAGAGAGUGGAGGACAGGGGAAGACUGAUGAAUGAGAGACGGGCGCCACACAUCUGGAGAGAAAAAGACUUAAAGAGAAAUAUUUAACCAGAGACAGGAGAUCCUGGGAGAAAACGCCCGAGAGAAGAAGAAAAGACUUCAUAAAGACAGGAGUGGGAUAAAAAGAAGGGGCAGAGAGUGAAAUAUUUACAAGGAGUCAGAAGCUGAAGGGGAGCUGAGCUGAGAGAAACUUAGAAAAACUUGGAGAGAAUAAAUCAGAGGAGCAGAGAGAAAACUGCUCCCUCUGUUCUCUCUUUAAUCCCUUAAAAGAAGAAGCCGAGGAGCAGGAGGAGAGAAGGAGGCAGGCUGGAGUUUGAUCCAGAUGAAGAGGUGUUGAACUAGAUGAAAUCUAAACUAACUCCAUGGCGUGCUAUUACAUUGUGAUCAGUUCCACCCACCUGCGUGACGGACAGCUGAGGAGCAUCAAGGGGGUUUUCAGGGGACCAAUAGGAGCCAGCGGACACAAAAGCACGGAGGAGGGGGACUCCAGGUUUUACUGUGAGCUGUGUGACAAGAAGUAUGUGAGGCACCAGCAGUACGAGAACCACAUUAACUCCUACGAUCACCACCACAAGCAGCGCCUGAAGGAGCUGAAACAGAGGGAGUUCUACAGAGCGUUGGCCUGCAGGAGGCAGAGGAGGCGCCGUGAGGAGAAAAGAGAGGAGAGAGCCCUGAGGAGAGCCCAUCAGCAUGAUGAGAGGAGGACCAGAGAGUGUGCUCCAGGUUCUGGUCCCAUGUUCCGGUCCACCACCGUGGCAAUAGACCCGGCGAAUCAGAACAGUCCAGGCUUGGAGCGGAACUGGGCUGAUUUCCAGUGUGGUGCCACACGGGGAACAAAACCUCAGUCCCAGUUGAUCCAGCGGUUCCUACCCUUGGACCCUGCUCUGGAAACCAGACUCCUGACCAGCAGUCAGUGGGCGUUUGAUCGAACUGAUGCCAGCCACACCACAGGUGCUGCUGGUGAUUCCUGCAUCCUCACAAAGACCCGUUUGGACCACAACUCCCUCACAGCCAACCCUGAAAACUCUAACUGCAACAAGACCAGCCACUUCCACAACAAUCCUUGGGCUCUGAGUUACCUAAACCCCAUGACUCACCCUGGUCACCCCAACACCUCCCAUGGCACCACCAGUAAUGGUACAAAUGUCACCAAAACUAUAGCAACCAACCCUCCAGAGAGCCCCAGCACCAACGCCAAUGACGCUGGUAUCCGAAUGAUGAGCUCUAGCUUAGACGUCCCUUUGGUCCCGAGCAGAGUCCGUCCUGUGUCCUUCUCGCUUCCCAAACGGAGCUGCGCCCUCCUGCACCAAUCUGCUGCUGUCUUCAUCCAAGCUGGUUCUGAACUGUCAAGAAAACAAGAAAGCCCAACAAUUCCAGAACAAGUGAAAACCAAAGAAGACAAAGGUGCUGAUCAGCAGCUGAAAUCUUCAGUAUCUACAGACGUAAACAGUGUUUGUGUGCAUCUCUGUGACACUGGAAACCAGUGUAGUGUGAACAGUAAAACUGCAACCCAGCACUCCAAGUCUGCUGAGAAGGGACCCAUGGGACCUCCUGGGACUGGAGCCCAGAUUGCUUCAUGCAGUCCCAAAGAGACUGGGAUUAUUGAUGACAACGGAGCCCCAUUGUCUAUAUGGAAGGACAACGAGACUGGAACCCAAGUCGGUGGAGAAUGUGCCACUGGAGCUCAUAUUUACUUUAACAGUGACAUUCCGGGGCAGACUUAUGAUGGUGUAAGCACAGAUUCAGCACAAAAAGUCACUGACGUUGAAAUCUACAAUCAGAAAAAGUCUAACUCACUCCAACAAGACAAGCAUCUACCUUGUCCUGACACAAGUGAGCCUAAAAUGUCCAAUUCUUGUGCUUCAAGGGAGACCAAAGAGUCUUUAAGUGAAACAAAACCCAAAGAAUCAACCUCCUCUCCACCUAACUGCUCCCAAACAUCAACAUCCACCCUUCCAAACAGGCCCAAAGAUCCUUUUUGUCAAGUUGUCAGCAGAGACGGAAGCAGGGUUCUCCUCUGGCCCACAGAGAUGGUCAACUACACCAAGACUUCCCCCUCAAUAUCCUACAGCGUCAAUCCUCUCCUGUACGACUUCAGAGCUCACAGCAGGACCAAGGAGGGGGGUGCAGAACAGAAAGAAGGGCUGGAGAAAGAGAGGGAAAGAAAAAAGCCAUCUGUGGUCAAACAAUCUGACUGCCAACCACGGCACGGAGAUACGAAGGGAGUGAAAGAGGUGAAGAUAGGUGAAAGGGAAGAGGAGGCUGAAGGUGAACAGGCAGGAGAUGUCAUGGAAGUCGUCAACCAUUGUGACGACAGCAACACAGUUCUGGAUGUCGCUGGCUGCCACGAUGAAAGCUCUUUAAAAUUUGUUCCCAUUUCCACAGAAUGCCAUCACGCCCCAGCACUAGGCCUUCAAAAAACAGCCGGGAGGAGGAGAAGGAGGGGAGGGGCGAGAAGGGGAACAAGAAGGAGGGGAAGGAGGAAAAGGAGAGCAGAGACAGAUAGAAAAGAUUCCAAAAAAGCAAGGAGGAUAAUGAGUCCUCUUUUUGCAAAUCAGCUGUUAGAAGAGAAAGGGGAAGAAAAGUUGAAAAGAGAGGGCAACAUGAAAGAGGAGAGGAGAGAAAAGGAGCCAUUAAGUAAUCUUGUUGCAAAUCGGCUGGUAGGAGGGAGAGAAAAGAAGAUGAGGGGAGAGGAGCGAGGGGUAAGAGGAGAUCAGAUGGAGCGAGAGAGGGCAGGUAGAAAUGACGAGAAGAGGGGCGAGCUAUUAAGUAAUCUUCCUGUGAAUCGGUGUAAUCGGUGUAACCAGCUGUGUCUGCAGGUGAAAAGGGAGGCCAGCCAGCAUCAAUCCCAGCAAUCAGCCACCGGAUGGGGCCAGGGGCUCAGAAAGCUCCACUGCAGGGGUGCAGCAUGCGACUCAGUGAUUAGCCCCGUCUGCCAGUCUGUUACAGAGAUGCCACGCUGUCCCAGAAUUACACCCCACCCUGCUGAGAAUGACAAAGGGACGGGGAUGAUGCAAAAAAACACGCACGCAGGGAAGGAGGAAGGGCAGAGGGAUGAGGAGCAAAGGAAUCAGAGGAGGAUCGAGAUAAGAGCCGCUCAGGAUGUCGAGGAAAACACGUGUAAGCCGCCGAUUAGCGGUGUUACUUUUUCCUGUCGAGACACAGCGUGCGAGGAAGAAAUUUGUCUUGUUCUUAAACCUCACAGAGGAACAGCAAGCGAUCCAGCGAUUAGCCUGGUCCCUGCUUCCUUUAGUGGAACAGCGUGCAGUCAGAGACAAACACUACCUGCAGGACGAGGCAACGCUGUGAUAGCUCAGAGCCCACGCUGCUCUGCACAACAGACAGAAAGUGAGCUGAGAAUUACUUCUCCGUGCGCAGACGUGACCCUUCUCGCCCGUUCCCUGUCUGAGACGUCGCAGAGAGCCAAAAAGAGGAAGGCGGGACCGCUGGAGCCCGCCACACUGAGGAAGAAACGGAGGAGAGGGAGGAGACAGACAAGGAGAUUCGUCAAUGUUUUGAUGCAAAGGCAGAAAAUAAUUGAAGCUGGUUUGACCUCUGACCUCAGUGUGGCUGAGAUCUGCACCAAUGAGCUCAGUUCAGAUACCGCACCAAAGUGCUGUCCAGCUGCCAAAUCAACUGAUUUCUGCUUACUGUGUCAGAAACCAACCACGGACGGAACGCUGAGCCGUAACGCCACCGACAAACUCUGCUGCUGCGAUGACGGAAAAGGCAGCAGAGGCAGCGCUAAUGGCUGCAGUCCUGAGUUAGCUCCCUCAGGAGGAAAAGGGACACAUGGCAGUGACUGGCACACCUGUGACACACCGACUCACACAAGGCAGGAUGAUGGAGAGCCUAUCAAGGACACAGCCAUCUGCGGUGCUUCUUGUAAUAUUUCCCGCAACAAAAAUGAUGAAAAUGAUGCAAAUGUUGUCAGAAACGGUCAGGUGCACGAGGCUGAUGCGAGCGAUGGGCCUGUCUUGGACACACCUUUGCAGGCGAUCUGUGCAGAUUAUUUCAUAUGUAGCACUGCUGACUCAUGUCAGAGUAAAAACAAGCACAUGGACGAUGAAACUAAGAGCAACAUCUGCAGCACUGACGGCACGCUUGACCCUGAUUGUGUCUCUAUUGAUGAAAACAAACUGCAGUGCCCCGCUCCUCUCACACACACUCCGUCUGAUUCAGGAGGCGAUCACAAAUGCUGCAGGGGCGUUGAUCAGAGUGAUGCUGACGGUGGUCAGUGUGAUGGUUUCACUGGUAAUCCUGAUUAUAAUCGCCGUGGUAACGCGGUUAAUAACAGCAGCAGCAGCAGAAAUGAAGCUGAACGUGUACUCAGGAGGGAGCAGAGGGAGGAUGAAAGAGUCAGGGAGCAGCAGAGCAAAGAAGAAGAGGAGAGAAAUCAGCAGGAGAGGAGGGUGAGGGAGAAGCAGGAAGAGUGGGAGAAAGAGUGGGUGAAGAGGAAGGAAAAGGAGGAAAAAGAACGAGAUAGGAGGAAGGAGAUGGAGUUUGAGCAUCUAUUUUCGGAGAAGAGGUUUCCCCAUCACCUCCCCUUUCAGUGCAUCCCUCUCCACACUCCUCUCCUCCUCCAGCCAUCCCUCUCCUCUUCCUCCUCUUUCUCCAUUCACCACACCUUCAUCCAACAUCACCUCUCCCUCCUACCACCUCCAUCUCAACUUCCUGUCUCCUCCUACCCUCACCUGCUUCCUUCUUUCUCCUCACAUCUCUCCCCUCUCGCUCUCAGUCUGUCCCCAGCUCCACCACCUCCUCCUCCUCUCCCUCAUUCUUUCUACACCUCCUCUCCAAUCCCGCUCCUGGACGGCCCUGGUCCUUUUCCCUUAGCGGCAGCGUUUCAUCCCAUGCAGAGCCAUCACCCUCCUCUGUACCCGCCUCCACAUCCAGCAGUCUUACCCUUACAGGUGUUGUUCUGAAAAGUGACACUAAAACCUUUCUAGUCAGGACAUCUUCAUCUAAAUAUCACAUCCAGCAUGAAGCUCCAGUGAAAAUAAUCUUAGGAACACUUAAAGCCUAACUUUCCACUCCUGCCAAACACUCCAACUCUGUAUCACAUGUCUAGGAAAACAGAGAAGAAAAAAAACAAGAUGCCUAAUUAUCCUCAUCAGCCGCAAUCUAGCUGUAAAUGAGCCUCAGGUGUGCAUCCUGUGGGAUCGUGACAGGGAUGCACAGCUGGGCUCAUUUCCCUCAGCAGAAAUCAGUCACAGCUCCUCUUUUGCAUUUUAAAAUCUAUCAUUUGCUUUGAAGGAAAGCUGGAAAUUUGGUGACAUUAGAGAAGAAAAGGAUUGCUCUUUCACACGUUAAGAUAUGUUCACCAGGCUGUGAUAAACACGGGCUGUUUGCCUUGUUUAUCCAAGACAUUUGUGGCAGUCUCUGGAAGGAAUGAAUGCCCUGUAAGUUGUACUCGGGGGAAACAAAGCACUGAUGAACCAUUCUAAGGAACUAGAAGUGACCCGUUUCAGAGCUGAGCUUCAGAUGGCAGGAUUUGGACUCUUAUUCUUCAUAUUUGGACAUCUCACCUCUGAUUGGCUAACAGCAAUGCGACUCUACCCCUGACUCUGCUUUGAAUCGUCAAUGUUCUAUCUCCACAAAUAACACAAGCCUGGAGGAGUUCUACUGUGCGGUGUAGCUGCUAAUGCUAACGGUUAGCUUCUCCUAGCCGUUCUCUGCUGUUUCCUGGACACUAAAACAACAACAGCCUUCCCUGUAAUGAGUCAAGAUGGGUGAGUCGAUGAAUGUUAGGUGACCGUGUGACGUAGAUCUGUCAGGAUUUUCACCGUCUAUUCUCUAUCAAAAGCUAACACAGCAGAUAGGUGGAGGAGACUGUUUUCAUGUUCAGCCUGCGUGAAAAACUCAGAGUGACCAAAUAUAAUCAGAAAUAAUCAUUAAAAAUGUUUUUUCUGUGUUCCACAUUUAAAUUUAAAUUUAAAUUUACUUUUAGAUAGCAGAUGGGAAUUACUGGAGAUGAGUUGAAACUGUUUGUUCUCAACAAAAAAAAACGUCCACUUGUGGCAGAUACAUCCCUGUCAUUGUUUCCGGGUCAUGGAGAGUCACACUUCAAGUUUAAUAAAAACCUAAACUUUGAUUUAAAAUACUGUCACUGCUGCUUGUGAUCGGUUUGCACUGAAAAAGCAGCGAGGCUGAUUUUGGUGCUGAAGUUUGAUUCAAUAUUAAAGAUCAUGUCUCUAAAACUGUCCUUCAGCGACAGACCUUCAGGCCUCGUUAUGCUCAGUUUUAACAGAUAACAUCAUUUAAGUAUCCAACUAUAUGUCUAGAUCUGACUUUACAAGUUUCAGCCACAGUUUUCAGUCACAGGCUAACAGCACUGGUCGUUCCUGCAGGCAGAUCCUGAAGAACCGAUCUAAACACUUGGACACAAUCAUUUGAGGAAAUCGUUACAUUUUCAUGGAUUUUUAUGCACAUUGAAGCUGAGUGAUAGUUAAAGUUUGACUCGAUCAUUUAAUUGGACUCCCAUCUUUGUUCCAGUGUACAAGGCCAUUGAUUUAUUCACCAAGGUUUGUUCAAAUCGGUCACGGUGGAGAAAUCCCACAUUUCAUAUCAUUGCCUGCUCUUGGUCGACCCUUCACCUCAACGCCCGAAACAACUGAUAAACACUUCAGCUGAACCACUUGGCCUCUUUUGUUAGAUAUUCUCUGGUGUUAGAGAAUUAUCUCACCUCUCUUUGUUGGCUUCAUGUCUUAAUUCAGCAUCAAAGCCUACGGAAGGAGAUGGGGAGUGUGCACAGCUUAAUCUGAAUCCUAACUGCACAAUCUAGUGAAACAUAAGUAAAUCUGUUUUAAUGCUCCUUCAGCUGGAUUUGUGCUGUUUACAUGUAGCUGAAAGUCUGAACUGAAGACUCUGGGCUGAGUGUUGGUGACAAAUGGGACACGGCGUUUGUUACAAUAGUUUCCAAAAAGUCUUCGAGUUCCUCCUGUGAGUUACAGAGCCUCGCUAUCACAUCGCGGGAAUCCUUAAACAUUUUCUAAAUUGGUUGCAACAAGCCUUUAAAGCAGAAUACAUAGUUUUUGUCAAACAGCGAUGUCUAGUGGCUAAACAAUGCAUUACAACUUAGACCCCUCUCACCACUUCCUUGUUUAUGGCAGGAAGCAGCGCCUCUCGUUCUUUUACAGAUUUUAAAAAAAGGACAAAUAUAAGGUGCUGUAUGGUGGUGCAGUUGGUCACACAAUUGCAACAGGAAAGUUGCCAGUUCGAGUCCUGCCUGACCACUCUUUCUAUAUGGAGUGGGCAUGUUCACCCCCAUGCAUCUGUGGCGGUUCUCCAGGUACUCUGGUUUCCUCCUGCAGACCAAACACGUGCACGUCGGGUUGAUUGGCGACUCAAAGUUGUCUGCAGGUGUGAGAGAGCGUGGGACUGGUUGUGUCCCUGUGAUGGACUACUGACCUGUCAACAGUGUCCUCACCCCUCAAACGAAGACAGACACCAGCUCCCUGUGAUCCUAGAGAGGAUGAAGCAGUUCACAAAUGAAUGAAUAGAAGUUACUAAAGGCUUCUGGAACACCUCUCUGUUUGAUUUCUUUGAGUUAGAAAUAUGAGACGACUAAUUAAAAAUGUCAUUUCUGGUGUUGGAGAGCUACAGAAAAGGGUUAGGGCCACUGAAAGAAUUAAGAAUGAGAGAAUUCUUACUUUAAUAUCAGAAUUCUGACCUUUUCUUUGCAGUGGCCAUAUCCUCUUCCGUAGGAGACCAAAUUCAGACACGGUGAAGACACAUUGUGACUACAGUGUGCUUCAUUAAAUCAAGCUACAAUGAAAAUGAACACUAAAGUGUCCACAUGUGCCAGCUCCUUAAAGUGUUGUAUUAACAAAAAGUAUUAUUUUUAUCGCUUUACGGUGGAGGUGUUGCCAUAACUCGAUGUGCUAGCUAGCCAUCUAUAGACACACAGUCUUCUGUUAUUUUAACACGUUCAAAGACUCUUAAUUAAUCCCUGGAGAGGGGGGGAUGACAAUAACCUGGGUACCCUGACUUCUCUUUCUAAGUGAAGAUAUUAGUGAAGGGUGUUUGAAAAAAAGAGAGUCUGAUUUCUGUGGAUGACCACGUGACCUGGCUGUAGAUAAAGUCUUUCCGUCUCACGUACCAGUUCAGUGUGUUUCCAACGACCCACCAACAGAAUCGGCCCAGUGAGGUACUGGUUUACCACAAUCAGAGCGAUAAUCCAUCAUAAUGCCGCAGACUGACCUCAUCCACUCACUGUUUUUUGCAAAGGUUGCUGAUGAGAAAAUAUACAAAAACAAGAAACAACUGAACUAAGAGUUCGUCUCUUUGGAAUUACUCAGAAAUUUAUGUAUUUUUUACUUUACUUUCAUUUAUGAACUCAACUUAAGCACUUUGUGAGCAAUUAUCUAACGAUCCAAAACAAAUCAGACUAAUGCAGUCAGCAGAACAGCUGUGUCCCAGUUUCCUUCAUCAUGGUAAAAACGUCAUUUUUAUAUAUGUGCAGGUUAUUAUGUUCUGAACUCAUCUGUGCACACACCCUGCUGCUGUUCCUUCCAACAGACGUUUAAGGCUUUGACUUGAUAAACCCGCUCCAGCGUCUGACCUUUACACUCAACCUUUGGCGCUGUUGAUUUCCUGCCAACUGCACCAAAAUACCCAAACAUGGUGGACAACUUCAGCAGCCCAGCUGUUUAGGGUGAAAUGUUUAUUAAGUGAUUCGGCCGGUCACGUGGCCCCGCCAACUGCAGCGCUGCGUCCCAGAGCAGCAGAGAUGAAAAUAGGGAGAUGGGAGGAUUUGAUUGUCAGGUAAUCAUACAGUAAAACAGCCACUCAUUGACUGCCACUCCCUUCCUUCAGUUGCCAAGUGAUUUUUCUCUCUGUCGUCUGCAACAGAGCAACAAAGGUGCAGUCACUUGCUGUCAGUCAAACCCAGCAAGUUUAGUUUCCUUUACAGAUUUGAAUGAAUAAGUUAACGCCCUCGCUUCCCCUAAAAUCAGAUUUUAUUUCAAAUUUUAUUGUCUUAAUUUUUCCUCAGAAAGUGAAGAGGAUCAUCUGUUAUAAUCCGAGUGUGACUGCGAUGCAUGUCGACAGGAGCAACGACAAGGACCACAGUAACUCCCACUCUCACGUACACGUUUUUUUCUCCUCUCGCUCUUUUCAAGUCAAACAUCUGGCUGAGAUUGCUUUGGGGCAUCAGCGGUAGCGUCUUUCUCUCUCAACCCACUACAGAUCAUUCUAGUGCAGGCACAAGUGACAAACAAACAAAACAAACAAUAAUUUGCAUCAAAACUCAGCCCCCAGAAGCAGUGGUUUGAACACAGCUCAUUCUUUGGGCGAGCCAUGCAGAAUCCUGCUGUUUGAUCAUUACAGCUGUCAGUCGCAGCUGCUGCCCACUCCCCUCCCAGAGGUCAUCAGUAAGUAACCGCUGUCUCCUCACAGAUGACAUCCAGAGGGUUGGGCUCGUUCCCCGCAGAGUACCCGAUGAACCGUGGCGUUACGAAACUUCUUGCAGGCACAAAAGCAUCAGAAUGUGUGAGGGAACUGGUGUUUUCUCCUCCUACCUGCACACAAUCAGAAGUUUCCAACUAAAUACUCUAAGUCUCAAUUAUUACUGUGAUAAACUGUAUUUUAGAGGAGAAACAAGCUGUUAUUAGAUGUAUUUUUGUAGAGAAUCCUCAGUUGAAUGAGGCAGUUUUUGUAUUCUGUACUAUUUUAGCUGCACCUGAUUUGUCUUCUUGUUCCUGCUGUUGUAAAUAUGAUUUCAGCUCCUUACAAAGCUGUUCUAUACUAUUUUGUGACAGAAAUGUCUGAAGAUCUGUUUAACUGACGUUUAGCAGAUUUUAUUCUGUGUGUAAUCUCAGCAGAUUCUGUAUAAUAUAGAACUAGUGAGAAGGACCAGUAACUCUGAAAGUGGAAAUAAAUCUGUCAACUUCA